AUGCACUUUAUUAGCAAGGGAGCCGUGCUCCUUCUGGCGCUGGGUGUCAGCGCCCGUCCCGUCGAGGAAGCCCGCGCCGAGACCACUGCUGCUGCUGGGUACGGUGACUACAAGGGCUACGGCAACUACGGCAAGUAUGGCGACUAUGGCCACUACAAGCGAGAAGAUAAGCCCUCGGCGACCACUACUCCGGCCAACUACGGAGACUACGGCAAAUAUGCCAACUAUGGCCACUACAAGCGGGAGGACAGGCCCUCCACAACCACCGCCGCCGGCUACGGUGCCUACAAAGGCUAUGGCAACUACGGCAAAUACGGCGACUAUGGCCAGUACAAGGCCAAGAGAGAGGAUGAGGAACCCUCUCCCAGCACCACUGAGACUAAGACCGAGACUCCCACCCCGGGAGACUACGGCAACUAUGAUGAGUAUGGAGACUAUGGCGACUACGGAAAGUACGGCGAUUACGGUUCGUACAAGGUGAAGAGAGACGACAAACCUUCUCCCACGACCUCGACCCCGACAACCUCGACCUCGACGACUUCGACCUCGACGACUUCGACCUCGACGACCUCUCCCACCCCGGUCAAUUAUGGUGACUAUGGUAACUACGGCGACUAUGGCACAUACGAGAAUUACUAG